GAAGGCUGAAGCGUUGGCAACACCGCGGAUACGUAAUGAAGUUGCUAUACAGUGUCCUUGUACUCAUCUCCGUAGUGCAUGCUCAAGGUACGGUAUCAUCUUAAACACGGGGCAAACCACGAGAUACCAGCGGUGUGCAAGCAUCCGGCGCGUACUUCAAUAUGCGGGUCAAACACGGAAGCUUGGUAUUAUGAUGUGUCAAAAAGAUGCUGCAGAUUGUUACGUCACGGUUAUUGCGUUGAAGGAGGCAAUCUUUUCCCUACGCUGCAGAAAUGCAAAGAAAAGUGCCAACCUCUCAAAGGAACGAAGUCGAAAAUGUGCAGUUUUACCUUUUUGCGCCGCUGUGGAACAACGUAUCUCGCUUGGUUUUAUGAUACCAACGACAAUCAUUGUAAGGUAUUGAACCACACCGCUUGUAGUGGCAUGAAAACGGUAUUUAUGACAGAAACAAUUUGUCAAGUCACUUGCCUACCACAUCAAGCGCCAAAACCAGUGUGCAGCCAGAUGAUAAAAGAGGGAAAGUGUUCUAAAAGUCUGAAGAAGUGGGUUUUUGUACUUAAGGAAAACAGGUGCUUUUCGGUUUCUAAGAAUCUGUGCGGAAAAGGCGAUAACAGCUUUCGGACAUAUCCUGAAUGCAUGGGGCGAUGCAGUUAUUAUGAAAACAACGCAUUUUCACCAAGAUUUCAUCCACUCGCCACGAAUGAGUUGCCUCAUGGAAUAAACACCGGAAAGCACAGGCCCUGAAUUUCAA